AGAGUUUUUGUAGCUUUAAUUUGAUACCGAUGUCACAUUCUUAUAUAUAAGAUACGUUAAAGUAUACAUUUGUCAAAUGAGUUUAAACUGUGAUGUUGUAUGGAACUCAUAGUAUUUUUGGUACAGUAAAUGUUUCUGUAUGAAAGCGCUGCGCUGGAAGACUAGCGACAUUACUAUCAGAAUAAGAACUCAUUUCCAUGACAUGAUAUGAAGAACAACAAAAUGAUCGUUCUGCUUUUAACUUUGGCCUCUGUUUCUGCAUUUGAACAUUACGUAAGCCUUCGGGACAUGACACCGGAACCGGGAUUGCCUGAACAUAUCUUGAUGGAUGUUAUUGGAAGUGAUGAUAAAAUUACCAGGCUUCAUCUUAAAGAAAAUAAACGUCUGAAUGUAAACGCUGAUAUCUAUGAACAAGAUAUUGACCGAGCUACAUUAAGACGUUUAGAGACAAACAAUAAACCAGUGGAGGAUAUUAAGUACUAUCAUGACGUGCAAAAUAGGGCGGCUGUAAGUGUUACCUGUGAAAAAACAGUCGAUGAUUCAUGUAAACGAACUCUGGAAGGAUUUUUGACCAUUGGCAAAGAAACGUAUGAAAUACGUCCAGUAAGUAACCUCUUGGUCACCAGAAUGCUUCGAGCACUUAAUCUAAACGUACACGUUGUUAACAGAGUGGUAUUGCAUAAUAGGAACUUUGCUAAAAUGGACCCAGCCAAAAAACUCAUUGGACUGAAAGACUACAUAGGAGCAAAGAAACAUAGAAAUAUUAAACAGAGAGGAAAUACAUAUAAACGACAACAGCAGACGGAGUAUGCCGUGGAAUGUAUUGUUGUAAUUGAUCCUUACCUUUGGAAGAAAUUUUAUGAGCGAACAAAAGAUUCUAAUGACAAGAAAGAAACAACUAGAUAUAGGCUAAGGCGACAUCUCACGCAUGUUAUGAAUGGUGUCAGUCUGAUGUACGAAAGUAUUGAAGAUCCUGAACUCAACAUUUACGUGACGAUAUCAGGAUUUAUUUACUAUGAGAAAGAUGAUGACACUAGCCCGGUUCCAAAAGGAAAGGAUGCACCUAUUUUCAAUAACAACAAGCCUUUUGUUGAUGGAGACAAAUAUAUAACUUACUCGCAAGACUGGCUUAAGAAACUAAGUCCUAUGAAAAACGACGACCAUGUCAUGAUAUUCACCGGUUGCGAACUAUUUGACGGAGAUAUUGAAAACACAGGUAUGGUUGGUAUUGCGUUUACUGGUGGUGCCUGUAGUGAGCAAAAACUCUCUCUUCAACAGGACGCAGGCUACUAUGAUCUAACUACUACAGCGGCCCAUGAACUUGGACACAAUUUGAAUGCCGAUCAUGAUGGUGAAUCUAAUAACUGCAGAAAGGAAGACAUGUAUCUUAUGGCACCAAUCACUAACCAAUUAUCGUAUAAUAAUCCAUAUAAGGUUAAUCCUUGGAGAUUUAGCCCAUGCUCUAUUAAAUCGAUCAAGAAUUUUUUUCAAUCAGAAGACGCCUCAUGUAUGACAGAUCACGGAGAUUAUUUUGAUAAAACAGAGUGGGACAAACAUAACAAAAAAUUACCUGGAGAGCUUCAUACUCUUGAUCAACAAUGUAAAUUGCAUAUGGGAGACUAUUCUGGUGUAUGCCCUACAAAACUUGGCGGAUUACCGGAAACAGAUGAGAGAAUUUGCCAGGAAUUAUUAUGUAUCGGCAAAGGUGGUUGCCCUUCUUACACCCCUGCUCGAGGAUCUCCUUGUGGUAAACCUGGCGCAAAUAAGUGGUGUAUUAAUGGUAAAUGUGUUCCGGGAAAAGUGAAGGUGAUCGAAACUCCACACAAGGAAUGCUUUGAAACAACAGCCAUCAAGUAUAACGGACAGGUCAGUGUCACAAAAUCUGGUAAGGAGUGUCUGCUUUGGUCAGAUGUAACAGACGCAUAUUAUUACGAUUACUAUGUCCCAAACUUUCCGGAAAUACCAGUGGAAGGUGCCUCAAAUUACUGUCGGGCUCCUGGUGGUGAAGUGCGUCCUUGGUGCUACAUAUUGAACGAAGAUGAACUUGAUUGGGAAUUUUGUGACAUUGGCAAAUGUUAAAUUUGUUUGGUUUAACCGAAACUUGAUUUUUAAUGUUAUAUUUCGUAAUCAAUUGCUUUGAUCAAUGUACUCGAAUUUUUAAAACAAUAUUCAUAUUUAAUGGCAAAUCUAUUAGAUGAAAUAACACAUUUUGUUUGGUCUUUUGUAUAUUUUAAGUCUUUCGAGUGUUGAAUAAAUAUUUUUUCCUCUAUUUGUAAUUAAAUCAAACAUCGAGUUUGAUAAUAAUGAACAAGGUUGUAGUUAGUAAUUAAAUAUAUUGUCAUUUAUUGUUUUCCUCCAUAUCUAAUAUUAGAUCAUUUUAGUAUAUUUUGUUAUACCUUUGCUACUUUUUACAUUUUUAUGGAAAUAAUUUUUUUCCAUGUCUAAUAUUGAAUCUUUUAAGUACAUUUUGUUAUACCUUUCCUACUUUUUACACAUUUAUGCAAACAAAGAUUGUUAAAUUAAUCUCCUUACUGCUUUUGGCCUGUAUCACUCUGUAUAAUGCUAUUUAAAAAAAAUAAAUAUGUAAAA